UAUCGACUAUAAUAACCAGGAGGAGAUCCACUACUCCGAAUUCCUGGCGGCCAUGGCCGCCACCCGAAUAAAGAUGCACGACGAUCUGAUCCAGAAAACGUUCCACCGGUUCGACGUGGACAACAGCGGCUUCAUCACCAGGGAGAACCUGAAGCAGGUGUUGGGCGACGUGUUCAAAGAGGAAGAGGUAGACAGCAUUAUGGCCGAUCUUGAUACAUCGCACGACGGGCAAAUCUCCUACGAGGAGUUCUUCGAGUACAUUACGCAUCCCGAGGCGCACAGCAACCACCACGACAUCGCGGCGGCGGUCGUCGACCACCACGUGUCGCAGAGCGAGGACAGAGCGGCGACGGCCAGGUCGAAGACAAACCCCUCCGUGAUCGGGUCGAAGGAGCCCCCCGUGGGCAAGAAGAAGCUAGCUUGUUGCGUGGCCCAGUGAGGUGCUCGGGGUCUCCUCCUCGCUCGCUCUGGUCCCCGAACGUUCCCCCUCACACCUGCUCGGCGACCAUCUCCAGGCGAUCCUCCCGCUCGAAGGCCGGGCGCCUCAAGAUUUUGCGCGUCGUGGCGUGCCGCUCCGCCGCGGCUUGUUUGGCGGACUCGGCGGCACGCUGGCGUCGUCGCGGCGGGCUUGGCGGCCUCAUCUGGGACACAUUUGGCGCACUGCCGCAGUUUCUUCCGCAUCGUCUUGCCCGCGCGUCCACGCGAGCGCAUGGCCCGCUGACUGGCCGACGGGCCUGUGGGCCGCCACAGCUCUUCGGCGCACCUCCCCGUACCUAGUGGCCUGCUGCCGCCUGAUGGUGCGGGGCGGGGAUGGGUUCAGCUCAGCGCGAAUGAGACGAGCACCGCAGCAUCAGCCGCUCCCACAAUGCGGGGACCGCAGCCGGUGGUGCGGCCCUGCCGUGCCCGGGCCGUCGCGUCGUAGGCGCGAGUGUUGCCUGGGCUUUCCGCUUCGCUUUUUUUGUUUCUCGUUCUCUCCUUCUCUCUCUCUCUCUCUCUCUCUAUUUUGCCCUGCGGGCGUAGAGUCAGCGAAAUUGCUCUGCACCUGUAAGGCGGCAGCUGUGAGCACACGCAGCCCGCGCGGCUGGGGGGAAAAAUUAGAAGGCCGCCCACGCAGCGGAGAGAGGCC